UCCAUCCUUCUUCCAAAAAUCCACCCUGUUGUCUUUCUCUUUUCCUUUUGUUGUUUUUUGUACAACUUAACUGAAGGAUAUAGGCGAUCUACUGAAAAUAAUGGCAACAUUGCGGGUCUCAGCGUUGCCCUUGUCGCGGAGAGCUUUCACCGUCGCUCGGCCACGGUUCCCGUUAUUGACGCACCGCAAUGCAAAUGCACGACCAUUGCUUCGGACAGAUAACCUUAACUCUGCUCCAUAUUCAGCCACCACGGUAGCGCAACCGGUGCGAGCAUCCAAGGUUGGCCGUGGUGCUUCGAAAAUCUUUAAGAAUGCGGAUGAAGCGGUAGCUGAUCUUAAGAGUGGAUCUACCAUUCUUAGUUCUGGGUUUGGACUCUGUGGUGUUGCAGAUACUCUUCUAUCUGCCAUUCAUCGUAGGGGUCCCGAAAACCUUCACUCCUUGACCGCGGUUUCGAAUAAUGCUGGCGCGCCAGGGAAAGGAGGCCUUUCUACGCUAAUCGAGGCUGGACAGGUUGAUCGAUUAAUUCUAUCUUACCUUGGGAACAAUAGGGCCUUAGAGAAGAAAUACUUGAUGGGGGAUAUUGCUAUUGAGCUGUGUCCUCAAGGAACGUUGGCUGAGAGGCUACGUGCAGGGGGGGCUGGAAUACCUGCAUUUUUCACUCCCACCGGAGCACACACAUUCCUUCAGAAUGGGCAGAUCCCGGUCCGUGUAGACGGCUCUGGGAGAGUAUUGGAGCAUGGAAAGCCACGCGAGACGAGGCUUUUUGACGGAAAGACUUAUUUGAUGGAAACUGCACUUACAGGGGAUGUUGCUAUCCUUCGAGCCUGGAAGGCGGACGAGGCCGGAAAUUGUGUGUUUCGUUACACUACCAAGGCAUUCAGUCCUCUUGUCGCAAAGGCAGCCUCCCUUACUGUUGUUGAGGCGGAGAAUAUUGUUCCUGUUGGCUCCAUAGACCCCGAUGAUGUAGACUUGCCGGGAAUAUUUGUGGAUAGAAUUGUUCCUGCCACAGCCCAGAAAGCAAUUGAAAUCAAAAAGCUGCGGUCUACUGACAACGCGAACACCCCACCAUCAGCAGAAGACGCUGCUGUGGCACAAAGGAACCGGAUCGCCAAAAGAGCAGCCAAAGAACUCAAGCAGGGAUAUUACGUUAACCUAGGCGUUGGGAUUCCUACGCUCGCCCCGUCCUUUUUGCCAGAUGAUGUGAAGGUGUGGGUACAGUCUGAGAAUGGUCUCCUGGGCAUGGGUCCUUAUCCCACAGAAAGUGAAGUUGACGCAGAUAUCAUAAAUGCUGGCAAAGAGACCGUUACCCUAGUUCCGGGCGCUGCGACCUUUGACAGCAGUGAGUCAUUUGGCAUGAUACGGGGUGGGCAUGUAGAUGUUUCUGUCUUAGGGGCUUUGCAAGUCAGCGCCAAGGGUGACUUGGCGAACUAUAUGAUUCCUGGGAAAGUCUUCAAGGGUAUGGGAGGGGCUAUGGACUUGAUCUCUAACCCCGAUCAGACUAAGAUUGUAGUAGCCACUAGCCAUACGGCCAAGGAUGGAUCUCCAAAAGUCGUGUCAGAGUGCAGGUUGCCUUUGACUGGUGCGGGCUGUGUGAGCAUGAUUAUCACGGACUUGUGUGUUUUCCAGGUGAAUCGGAAGAAAGGAGAACUCCUGCUCACCGAGCUUGCUCCGGGCGUCGAGGUCGAGGAAGUGCAGAGCAAGACAGGGGCGAAGUUCACCGUUGCAGAUCAACUAGAGCUCAUGGAAUGAUAGGUCUAGUUGGAGGAAAACCUUGAAGGGUUUUGGUGCCAAGUUGAACGGCUACCCUGCAUACCCUUUUCUCAUUUACACCUGACCCUCCUGUUCAUAGAUA